AACUUAGACAAUCAAAGCCACUCAUCGGUAUACAUUGUCCUCUCCAUCUUCCUCUCUUUCACACUCACCUAUGGCUCCCAUCUCAAAACUCAUUCCUUUCCUAUUCUUAACAACCCUUUUAGUGUCUCUCCAAGUUAAUGCCAGAGACAGCCAAUUCUUCAGCAAAGUCACCCCUCUCAACAACAACAUUAAAGAGACUGAGGUUCCCAAAAAUGAAGGCCAAGUAAACAAGCCAGAACAACAACCAGUUUUCACCCCAGAAACAGAAAACAGCUAUGGUCUAUAUGGUCAUGAGACUGGUCUGCACCCUCCCACCACUACAAUAACUAAUGCUGCUCCCUACACCACCGCCACCACCUACAAGCCAUACAAAACUACCACAGCUGAAGAGGACACUGCCAAGUACUCCAACAACAACAACUUCUACAACUUCAAGAAGGAUGCCUACAACACCAACCAAAAUGAAUUGAGUGAAACAACAAGACUCACUGGCACUUCUUACACCAAUAACAACAACGAUGGCAACAACAACAAUUACUUCUACAACGGCAAGGAUGCUUUUGGUAAGCAGAAUGAAUUGAGUGACACAAAGUACACUGAAGUAGGAUACAACAACAUGGAAAAUCAGAACAGCAACAACAACUACUUCUACAACGGCAAGGAUGCUUUUGGUAAGCAGAAUGAAUUGAGUGACACAAAGCACACUGAAGGGGGAUACAACAACAUGGAAAAUCAGAACAACAACAACAACAACUACUUCUACAACAGCAAGGAUGCUUUCGGUAAGCAAAAUGAAUUGAGUGACACAAAGUACACUGAAGGAGGAUACAACUCCAUGGAGAAUCAGAACAACAACAAAUAUUACUACAACAACGACAAUGCUGCCAAUGGGAAGUACUUCUACAACAACAAUGAUGCUGCCAACAACAGGUACUACAAAACCAAAGCUGUCAACAACAAUUACAAUGAUGAGAGGCAGGGUUUGAGUGACACGAGGUUUAUGGAGGGUGGAAAAUACUUCUAUGACGUUAACUCUGAGAAGUACAACCAUCCAACACAAUAUGGAGGCUCAACCAGAGGAAUGAACUCAGAGAACUGGUCCAACAACAGGGGUUACUUUGGCAACAACAAUGUGAACUCCAUGGAAGGUUACCAGAAUCAGGAGGAGUUUGAAGAUGACCAAGAGGACUUCGAGCCUUGAGCUUGAAUCAUCAUUAUAACAGUGAAGAGUUCAUUUUGCUUUUGCUUUGGAGUGUUCACAGUGGGUGAUCGAUGUUUUAUUGUGCUUUACAUUAUAAGUUACAAAAAAUGUUAAAAGGUAGUAGGAUAAUUUAUUGAGGGGUUUUACUUAGUGGUAAUCUUAUUAAAUCUUGCUUUUGGAAUUGCACAGUCUAUGUAAUGAUGUGAAAAUAUGGCAUGAAGUAUCAAAGCAUAUGUGGCUUUUGCUAUCUAGCAUCGACAUGUUGUAGUUUCACGCUUUUUCACUAAAAAAGAACAAUAUUCUGGUUGUUUUUCUC